UCGGAAACCUCCUUCCUGCAACCAUUUUAGAAGAAAGAGAUGGGGAAAGCCAGUAUUCUUGUUGUUCUCGAAGUAUUGAUGAUUGUAAUAUUCACUGCCUGGAUAUCUCUGUGGCUGCUGAAACCAACGAACUUAUGGACAAGAAAAUGGAAAGGAGCAGAAGAGCGUGCUCGAAAUACAGUGUUUGGUUAUUAUGGUCUUGACUUUGCCCUGUAUACAUUUCCUGUAAUUGCUCUGGCUAUAAUUGGAAUUGUCUACUUGAAUUUGCAAUCUUGGGGGCAAAGAAGCAGUCGACGAAUAAGGAGUUCAGCCGCAGCUUUCUCAAAUCCGCUAGUCAUAAGUAGUCUCAUCGGCAUUUUAUCCAGUGUAGAGAUUCUGUCAGUAUUUCUCUUUACCCUCUUCUUAGCAUGGACAUUUUAUACACGCAUAUCUCAGGAUUUUAAGAAGUUGACACCUGUUGAAUCGUUGAAGUUGGAUUUAUGGCAACUCAAGUAUCUAAGAGUGGCAACCCGAUUUGGUUUGCUAGCAGAGGCCUGCUUGGCUUUGCUUCUUCUACCGAUCUUGAGGGGAUUGGCUGUAUUUAGAAUACUUGGCAUCCAGUUUGAAGCUUCAGUGAGAUAUCAUAUAUGGCUAGGGACUUCAAUGAUAUGUUUUGCUACUUUUCAUGGUGCAAGCACCUUAUUCCUCUGGGGUGUCAGCCACUACAUUCAGGAUGAGAUCACAAAAUGGCAGAGAACAGGCCGGAUAUACCUUGCUGGAGAGAUUACUUUGGUUACAGGGUUGGUUAUGUGGAUCACAUCACUUCCUCAAAUAAGGAGGAAAAGAUUUGAAAUCUUCUAUUACAUGCACCACCUGUACAUAAUCUUCCUAGUUUUUUUCUUGCUUCAUGCUGGAGAUCGACACUUCUAUAUGAUCUUCCCUGGAGUUUUUCUCUUUGGCCUUGACAAACUACUUCGCAUCCUACAGUCAAGGCCUGAAACUUACAUUCUUUCAGCACGAUUAUACCCCUGUAAAGCUGUAGAACUUAUUCUGCCAAAAGACACGGGAUUGAAGUAUACCCCCACAAGCAUAAUAUUUAUGAAGAUACCGAGCAUAUCCAAAUUUCAGUGGCAUUCCUUCAGUAUAACUUCUAGUUCAACUGAUGAUAAUCACAGGAUGUCGGUUUUAGUUAAAUGUGAUGGAUGGUGGACAAGUUCUCUAUAUGACAAUAUACAGGCUGAGCUAGACACUGAUGCUGAUAAGAUGAAAUCCAUACCUGUUGCAAUAGAAGGCCCCUAUGGUCCUUCUACCAUGACCUUUCUGAGAUAUGACAGUCUACUCUUGGUCGCCGGUGGAAUUGGGAUAACACCAUUUCUGAGCAUACUGCAUGAAAUUGCUGCAGCUCAAGGCAGCCGCAGAUAUAGAUUCCCAUCCAGAAUUCAACUGAUAUACGUUGUCAAGAAGUCCCAAGACAUUGGCCUGUUAAAAUCAGUUUCUUCCCUACUGGAGAACCAACCCUCACAGAAAUGGCAUCUGAAACUAAAAGUUUUUGUGACCCAGGAAAAGCAAUCUGGCGUAACAGUAGCAGAAAUACUUGCCGAGACAUCUCAAGUGCAAACAGUUCACUUUGGCACAAAACGUCCAAUUUAUGCAAUACAUGGGCCAGAAAGCUUGUUUUGGAUUGCUGGAUUGGCUGGAAUUGCUUCUAUUGUGUUCCUUGUUUUUCUUAUCUGUUUCAACCACAUAUUUCUUCCCUCUGAAAAGAAAAGUGUUCACUCUUUAAAAUUGGUGGUUUCCUCCAAAAAUAAGGCCCCUAAAGAAAAGAGCCCCUCUUGGGUUGCUGAUAUACUAAUCGUAUCCUCUUUCUUCAUAUCUUUAGCAUGCAGCACCUUGGUAGCAGUUAUUUUGAGAUGGAGAAGGCUGAAGAAAGAAAUACCACUUGUCUCCUUAAAGGAAGAAAAGACGAAGGAACUAAGUUCAAUCGAAACAAAAGGUGUGGUUGAGGAACAUGAAGUCCAUUUUGGGGGAAGGCCUAAUUUGGAAGAUGUAUUCUCCAAGUUCCUAAAUGAAACUGAUGGAUCUGAUGUUGGAGUCUUGGUGUGCGGACCAGAAACAAUGAAAGAGGUUGUUGCAUCAUUGUGCCAGCAGAAGUCUCGAUGCUUUAAGAUUGGAGACAAGAAAAGGAAACCAUACUUGCGUUUCCAUGCCCUCACCUUUACACUCUAAUUUCACCAUAAAUACAGCUAUCGAGUCACAUUUAUUGUAUUUCACCCAUAAAUGGUCCUUGUAUAAAUUGGUCGAUAUGAAUUAGUUGCUAAUGGAUGCUCUUCAGCUUUCUUAAAUAAGAAUUUGGAGCCCUUUGGAAAUAAAGAGAUGUAAAAAUAAACUUGUUUCUUUUUUUUUUUUGGGAUAAAUUGUAAAGAUGAACUUGAUGAUAUGUAGAAGAGAUCUGCCCUUUUCGGGUUCUUUUGCACUUACAAGUUUCCAGAAGGUAGUUUGGUUUGUUAGUAAGUAGCCACCAA